CUGGAUUUAACAAUGCUGUGCUUUUCGAGGAAGACCUCUCAGCAAUCUGUAUGAGGCAAAAUGUUACAGUCCGAGUCGGGCCCGCCAGAUUCCAAGGUGUCUUGUCCCAAAGACUCGGUCCCGAAUACAAAUAUAUAAGGACCGCACACUUCUUCUGACCUUCAAGCUACUGAUUUACCCAAAAGCUACAUUCCACCAUCUUCUUGCUCCCACAUCCUACCGUUUAUCCUCACAUUUCUUUCACUCCUCCUUGCUUCCCAGUAACGUAACAUGUCUUCAUCAGACGUUAAAACCAACGGUUGGACCGCUGUACCAGCCAGCGCCAAAGCCAUUAUUGAUUCCGUGGGACAGAUCGAGAAUGGUUCCUCCUACACCGUCACGGAUAUCGAGUUUCCUUCCGACGCGCUUGUAAGCGAGGCCCAAGCCUUUGUCAAGGCGCGGCUCAGCCCAGAGGCCUACAACCACUCAAUGCGUGUAUACUACUGGGGAACCGUCAUAGCGAAACGUCUACUGCCCAAGCAUGCCCAGGCGCUGUCGUCCUCGACAUGGGCGUUAACGUGCCUUCUACACGACAUUGGCACAGCAGAGGCCUACUUCACGUCGACCAGAAUGUCGUUUGACAUUUAUGGAGGUAUCAAAGCUAGAGAGGUACUGAUGGUCCUGGGCAGCAGCACUGAUCAGGCUGAAGCCGUGGCCGAGGCCAUCAUCCGGCAUCAGGACAUGGGCGUGGACGGCACUAUAACAUUCCUCGGCCAGCUGAUCCAGCUGGCCACGCUGUACGACAAUGUUGGAGAGUACGCUGGCAUUGGCGAUUUUUGCAGCUUGGUUGAUGAGCCUACCCGCGGAAACAUCAACAUCACGUUCCCGCGUCAUGGCUGGUGCUCGCGGUUUGCCUGCACGGUCCGAAAGGAGGUGGGGAAUAAGCCGUGGUGUCACACUACGCAUAUCCCUCGGUUCGACGAGAAGAUCGAGGCGAACACCCUGAUGAAACCUUGGGAGUAA